CUAUCGAAACACUUUGAAUGUACAUUUGGUUGUAUCUAUUAAUCAACUGAAAUUCAAAAUGAUAAUGAAAGAACAAUCUCCCCGUCGAGAAGCAUUCCACUUGAACCAAACCAAGAUUACCAGAGGAAUGGGGUUUUUAAACAACUUCCUUGCAUUAAUUUUAAUUUUGGUUCCAUAAAUGGAGUUUAUAAAUGUAAUUGUCGUCUGAAUCUGAAACUUACCUUUACAUUUGAUUCAACUCGAAAUAAUCUACAUGUGCAGGCUAGAUUAUAUGAUAGGAGGAAGGCGUUAUGACAAAAUUUUGCCGCAGAAAUAAAAUAUGGUGGAUUUUUUAUGAUGUUCGCUCUCUUAGGUUUGGCGAUGGCUGUACUCUUUUUGAACAACUGUGGAAUCGCAGUGGAAGGAAGCAUUUACAUUUGCCCGCCAUUAACCCUCCUUAUAAAAAACAAUUUUUUCGUUGUCCAAAAUAUGGUGAAGACAAAGGUGAGCUAGCUUCUGCAGACAGCUACAAGGAUGUUGUUUCAUGGAGUAAAUUAAUUACUAGCCAUGCUCGCAAUGGUAGAUUAGAUGUCGCACGCCAAGUGUUUGAUCAUAUGCCUCAGCGAAAUGUGGUUUCAUGGACUGCUAUGCUUGCUGCCUACGUACAAAACGGGCGAAUUGAAGAUGCAAGGAAACUGUUCGAUGAAAUGCCUGAAAGGAAUGCUGUUUCUUGGACUACCUUGAUUUCAGGAUAUACACAGAAUGGUAGAUUGGAAGAUGCUUUUCAAUUGUUUGACAAAAUGCCUGAGCGAGAUGUUGUUUCCUGGAAUGCUAUGAUUGGCGGGUGUGUGCGAAAUGGGAGGAUAGAGGAAGCGGAAAAACUGUUUAACCAAAUGCCAAGUCGAGAUGUGGUUUCGUGGAAUUCCAUGAUAUCUGGGUAUGGUUUGAAUGGCAAACCAGAGGAUGCUCGUCAACUGUUUGAAAAAAUGCCUGAACGAAACCAUGUGUCGUGGACGACUAUGAUUGCAGGUUACAUCAAUGAUGGCAACGUAGACGAAGCACGAGAUUUGUUUGGCAAAAUGCCUAAACGGAAUUUGAUCUCUUGGAAUGCAAUGAUAGCAGCAUAUGCUCAAACUGGAAGGAUGGAGGAAGCGCAUGAUUUGUUUGAACAGAUGCCAAAAAGGAAUGUGGCAGCAUGGACGUUAAUGGUCACCAAGUAUGCUGAAUGUGGUCAAAUUGUGAAGGCAAGGCAUUUGUUUGAUGUAAUGCCCAAGCGUAAUGUUGUAUCUUGGACUGCAAUGAUUAUGGGGUAUGCUCGCAACGGGAGAAUAGAAGAUGCACGCUGUCUGUUUGAUGAAAUGCCUGAACGAGAUGUUGUCUCAUGGACUUCUAUGAUUGUGGGAUAUUCUCAUUGUGGAAGAGUGGAAGAAGCACACCAACUUUUUGAAGAAAUACCAGAGCGAAAUGUGGUAUCAUGGAAUGCAAUGAUAGCAGGGUAUGAGCAAAAUGGGCACGAUAAAUUGGCAGUGUUACUAUUUUUACAAAUGCAACGGACAGGCAUGAAGCCUAGCCAGGGAACUUUCACCAGCACUUUGAGAGCAUGCGCCAGCUUAGCAUCUCUAGAGCAAGGUAAGCAGGUCCACGAAAUUGCAAUCAAAAUUGGAUAUGGGAACGAUCUUGUUGUAAGUAAUGCCCUUAUUACAAUGUAUGCAAAAUGUGGAAAUGUUGAAGAAGCGUGUCAAACAUUUCAUAAAAUGCCGGAACAUGACUUGGUCUCAUGGAAUGCAAUAAUUGGGGGAUAUGCACAGCACGGAAAGAGUGAGAAAGCUCUUGAGAUGUUUCAGCAGAUGCAAUUGGCAGGUGUAAAACCAGACAGUGUGACUUUCAUUGGUGUUCUGUCUGCAUGCAGUCAUGCAGGCUUAGUGGAUCUUGGUUGGCACCAUUUCGAUUCUAUUAUUCAAGAGGGGUCCAUCAUUCCAAGGAUGGAGCACUAUGCUUGCAUGGUAGAUCUUCUUGGCCGCUCUGGACGCUUGGAUGAAGCUGAGGACUUCAUUAUCAAUAUGCCAGUUGAACCAAAUGCUAGUAUUUGGGGGACUCUACUUAGUGCCUGCAGGAUUCAUGGGAGCAUAGAGGUGGGAAAUCGGGCUGCAGAGCACCUUUUUGUGAUGGAACCGAAAAAUGCUUCAACCUAUAUCCUGGUUUCACAUAUGUAUGCUGCAGCUGGCAGGUGGGACGAUGUAAGAAAUGUGAGAAAAAUGAUGAAAGAAAAGGGAUUAAAAAGGCAAGCAGGAUGCAGCUGGAUCGAGGGCAAGAAUAGUGUUCAUUCAUUCAUUGCGGGAGACAGAUCACACCCACUAACAGAAAGGUUAACAGGCAAUGCGUGACAGGUUUGUUUGGCUGAUGGAAGGGAGCGGAUAUGAAACCCAUUCAAACUACGUAGAACAUGGACUAGAAGCAGAAAAAGAAUUGUCACCCUUAUGUGGAGAAUCUGGUGUUCAGUUAGGAACUUCAUAUCGUGAGUAUUUUAAGGGAAUGUGAGCUGUUUCCAUUGUUUUGAGGAUUGAAUUUUGUCCUUGUGAAGAUAAUGGGUGAGAAAGGAGCAACAUUGUUUAUUUCAAUGCCAUUUUGCCUUAUAAUUCAUCUGGAUUAUUAUUGUUUGUGCAGUGUAACCUGAGUUACAUGAUUUGAAAUUCCCUUGCACCCCUCCAUAGGGGUGGCUCAUUUGCCAAAUUGGCAUCUGGCCUGGCUUUAACCUAAGAAAAUACUUGUACCUUUCGUUGUAUAUGACAUGCAUGCUAAUUGAAAGUCUGCAUCAUCUAGAACUUAGUCUUUGACAUCCGUUUCCUUGCAUUCUUGUAGAAAAUUCCAACACAAAAAUACCAAAGACAUGUUUGUACCCUGUUAAGAGCACUUUUUGUUUAUGC